AUGGCCCCCAGAACACACUCCAACUCGGAAUCGGAAUCCAAGGGCAAAUCGGAGUCCAAGAGCAAGUCUGCUGCUCAAUCCGGAUCAGGCUCGUCCACCAGAGCAGGUGUCAAACAACGGCUCUCUUCUGCCCAGCAACAGUACCUCAAGGACCUCGCCAAGAAACACAUACACAACAACCACCGCAAGAACACCCCGCUCGCCAACCCAGUCGACUUCGAACAGUACUCAGACGACUUUCUAAGGCGAUACAAAGACAGGUUCCAGCUCGAUACUCCAGAUAACUUGUCGAUACAGGGCUAUCUCUUGAGCUCGAACAUCGGGAAACACACGUACUCGUACAAGCGCAACCACGAGUCGAUGCCCGACGCGCGAAUCACGAAACAGGAACUCGCUCGCGGCGUGAAGGAGCAUUUCGACAACUAUACGGUAAGAGAGGCAGAGUGUCUGCCCCAGUUUAUAUACAAGGUGCAGAACAAGAAGAAGAAGUUCCGCAUGGAGUUUAAGGGAUAA